AUGUUAUCUGGCGACUCAACAAUAUCGAUACCCACACACGACCAGAAGAACCAUACCGAUAAUGCUGUGCGUCGCCGUCAUGUUCUCUUCAAGGAUCAGUCCACACCAGAAGAACGAAACAUAAACGCUGCACCUGAAUUAAGUCUGAAGGAUGAGAAAUUUCAACCGGCUGUUGAACUCUCACAUAUCGACCAGGACGAUAAUAACAAACUAAGUAGCUUCAAGGGAGAGAAUAUUGAAAAUGGCGACGAGAAUAAGAAUGCAAGUGGCAAAGAUGAAAUGGAAAAGAGUAAUUCAGAUCAUACAUCAACUCAGAUGGACCAUGCACUUGGCCAACGAGUGGAUCGUCACCUUUUCCCCUACAGAACUGUUAAGGAAAAUAUGCAUGCUAUCAAUACAUUCUUCCGGAGGUUCUUUCUUAUUACAUUGAUUGUACCAGCAUGGACGAUACCAAUCGUAUUAACAGCUCGGGCAAAGCAUGAGAUGGAGCUAUCACAUGGCAAUGCAGACGGCAACAACACUAUAUCUCAUGCAGCCUUAGAGUUUGGAGGGCUAAAGUAUGUCAUGCUGUCCAAAGCUGGAGCUGAUCAUGGUGCGGGUGCAGCCCAUGGUCCUGAGUUGAGCCUAGCAGCCAACUGGGUUAUCUUUGGGUUGAAUCUAUUAGUGAUGAUGCAUCUCGGCAAAGCAGCAGGCGCUGCUUUGGAAGAGCUUGUCCCCAAGUUUGGAGCGCGGGUGGUGAGCGUGCUUGAUGCGUUGACCAGCAGCUCCAUCGAGCUGGCUGUCGCAGCUAUCGCUCUCAAGAAAGGCUUGGUUGUCGUAGUUCAGGCAGCAAUGCUCGGCGCCAUCCUCAACAACCUACUCUUGGAAACGACCCAAACAAGCGUUCACAUCCUAAUGCUAACCUGUAUAGCCUAUGUUAUCCCUAUCGGCCUGGAUGUGACCUUGACCUCAGUUUACAGAGAUAUGAGACCCGUGCUGUCUGAUCCAGUCCAGCGCCACAUCCAAACGCAGGAGAUCCGUACGCUUGUUGAUAUUCGAAUCCUCACACUCUCCAAGAUCAUGGCUAUCAUCCUCUUGGCGCUAUAUGGCAUUUGCCUCUACUAUCAACUUCUCCACCGUACUUUUAUGAUCACGCCCGAGGCCAAGCACGAGGGAGCUCAUACGGUCGAGACACGCCACACUCACUUUUGGUUCGCUGGUUUUGCUUUUGUUGUUGUGAUGGCUGCUCAAAUAUACUCGGCCAACUUUCUCGUCCAUGCUGUUGAAAGUCUAGGGAGACAGCUUCAUUUGAACGACUCCUUUGUUGGCUUCAUCUUACUUCCAAUUGUCUUGAUCGCAGACUUGCAAGAAGAGGUCAUUGCGAUAAAGGAAGCCAGAGCUAAUCGAAUGGAUAAGGCUGUGUCAUUGAUGGUUGGCUCCUGUAUGCAAAUUGCCCUGCUUGUUACCCCUAUCUUGGUGCUCCUUGGUUGGAUCAUGGAUGUCCCAAUGACUUUCCGAUUUACAAUAUUGGAAGUGGUCAUCUUGUCAGGCUCCAUUUUGUUAAUCAACUAUCUUAUCUCAGAUCAUGAAACAAACUGGUUUGAGGGCAUUGCAUUGCUAGCGGUCUUCGUCAUAUGUGCUAUUGCAUUCUUCUAUGAUAAUCCGCACCUUCAUAUCAUUCCUAGCGAGGACACAACCUUAAAUGGUGAGGGUGUUGGAGCCGGAGGAGCACUUGUGGAACACAAUUAA